UCAACAAUUGGACGCCAGUAGUGCCUACGGCACCGCACGUGAUGACCUGGACAACAGAAAUACGCUUAAUGAAGAAAAGUCUGUUUCCUUUGCCAGUGUUGUGGAUCAACAUGAUUCCGUUCAUCAGAACAAAAACACGAACCACGAGCAGAAGCACAACCACAUGAAAAUGAGUGGUGACGCGCUGAACAAGUUUGAUUUUCAACAAACGACUACUGCUGAGUCGAACCACCAUCAACAGCAUAAAAGCACGCAGGAAGGGCUAGCAGGAGAGGCACAUCAAGCGCCGGCGCAGCCUUGGUCCUACUACAACGAUCAGAACCUGGAAGGAACUACGGGUGAGCUAUUUGCAAGCUGUAUGGGUGAUCUUGAACAACAAGAACAUCACACCGAGCAAUAUCUUAAGGGUUUCCGAAUUGCAUCCCUCACUACCAUCCUUGGCUCCUCUUCGAGGGGAAAAUAGGUCAAGGAUGUUCUGAAGAAUGCAAUUCGGCAACCUCAAAAUAUCAGUACGACAAAGAUCACCCUGGUGGAGUUGGAAGCGUAGUGGAUCUGUCAGCAUUAAGACCGGAAACGAGGAGUAGCAAAACCAACAGCAAGUCUUCGUUGUCCGUAACAGCAUCGUCUGAAGCAACGGCGGUCGAACAUUUGAUGGCGCAUAGUAGUAACACGGCAGGACAUGGGCAGCUACAUCCUGCACACCUUCUCGGAGAGCCACAGCCUCAGCGUAUUUGCGGUGACGCGCUUCUGUAUGGCGAACAAUCAAUCGCAGAUGACGGUGCUCUUGAGCAACACGUGGCGUAUGGUGCAAGCUUGAUGGAAGCACAAGAAAGUGUUGAAGAUGCUGAACAGGUGGCUUCUGUAGCGGCGAUGGCGAACCCACUAGAAGAAGUUUCUGCACACGUACCAUACGGCACUAGUGUAGAAGAGGUGGACUGUGACGGUUACGUUGUCGACAACAAGAAUAAUGACGUUCAAGAUUCAGAUCUAGAAGUAGAAGACGUUGACUUGCUGCCGCAGGAGAACCUGUAUCACGUGAACCAAGAGGAUGUGGAGUUCUACAGACCUCCCGAAGCUGUGUUGCUCUUGGCUAAGCCGAGCAAGGACCAUGAUGGUCUUUGUAGGGAGAAUCCUGUUCAGGAUGAGUUGGUCUACAGUAGAGAUCAGAACGAACUACAGGACUUAAGUCUUGUGGGCACUUUUGGAGGUGCUGCUGGUACUGCUUCUUCUACUUCUAGAAGGGAGAAGAGUUACCAUUCCGCUGAGUCUCCUGGCAGCUUGCGUACUCGCAGCACAGGAGCAAGUAGCACAGCUGCCAGAAAAAGCUCACCAACAACGAGUACACAACGACAAGAACAUCUGGCUCGACAUGUUCGACAAGAACAUCUGGCUCAACAUCAGGUCCAUUCACCGAACAACAACGCUGCAGACAACUCUUGUAGUUCGUCUUCUUCUUCAUCCUCGAUCACAGGGGGUACUUCAACUAAUACCGCACGGGUGAGAAAAAUCCUCAAGCGUGGCGAAGGUCAUGUGGCUUCGAGGCUGUUAGCGGCACUUGGGCCGGCUAGUCAUACCCAUCAGAUCAUGGGAGCGCCGGGAGCAGUGAAGAUUACGCCACGAGCGGUUGUUGUGACAAGUAGUGCUGGUGGAGAGUAAGAGCGAACAUUCUCCCAAAAGAGGAACCUUCUGGAUCCAGCUAAAUCCAUCAGCAGAACCCGAAUUAGCUGGCUCUGUUGGCCAUUUUCGGGCUCUUUUAGCCGAGUUAGCGGGUUCUGUUGAUGGAUUUAGCUGAAUCUUGAAGACUCCGCUUUUGGGUGGAUGUUCGUUCAUAGUGGAGAGCAAAGCCAGACAGCCGCCAACAGCGUUCAAAGACCGAGCAGCCUCCCAUCUCCAUCCACUGCAACAGCUUCUAGCGGUUCGCAGUCUGCCGCGCUGUCAUCCGGCGCACCCCUGAUGUCUGCUCGUGGUCCCCGCACUGGUGGCACGACAGAGUAUACUCAACAGCAAGUGAAAAUCAAAGCAUCUCACUUGACGCAACGAUCGCCGCCAUUUUCUUCUCAGAAAACAGCCGGCCAAGAGCAAGACGGUCGUAUCUCUGCCGGACAAGAGCAAGACGAAGCACAGCAUCAUCUUCAAUCUGGCGUUGACGCCAGCCGGUUUCUUUGUUCUUCGAACCAGCGUAAUGAGUUACAGGGUCGACACUUGUCUUACAGCGAUGAGAAUCCACUUCAAGAGCUCCAAAACAACAACACUACUAGUGCAACAGUGGCUCCGCCAGUGGUCGUCCGCAGAGGGUCAACCGCAUCCAAUGCAUCGUCAGUCGCGACAAACACAGAAUCCGCUUUAUUUGGUCAUCUUCUGACUGAUAUUAGCACAGGGGGCUUCAACAUAGGAGGAGGCCAGCAUCAACAUCCAUUUGACGCGCAAUCAGACCUAGACAUCAAUGCCGUGGGAACAUCGCUACUGGACACGUCUCAAGACUAUUCUGCCAGCACUACUAACGUUAAAAAGCAAGUACGCAUCAAUCUACUAGGAGCUCGGCGGCAGGCAUUGAGGGAUUCACUGUUAACUUCUACGGAAAGGCAGGAAGCAAACAAGAAAUCCUUCAUGGGUUCGACAGAGGAUUUCAUACGGGACAACUUUGUGUCUACGGAAGCUUUGCUGGCUUCUAGUCGAAGUCCGGACAAAGAUUUUUAAGUCUUCAAUAACAAGCAUUCUGCAUCUGCUUCGGAAAAUCGAUUGAUUCACCACCAUCAUAGAGAUAACGAGAAAAUGCGAAACUUUGUGACAAGUACGAGAAUGAUAUCGGGAUGAAAUAGAUGAGAAACAUCUUCAACACACAAAUACCAGCAUGUAGUAAAGCAAAAACAACAGCAGGAACGUUCUACCACCCGUCGCUCGCAAAAAUUGCUAUGGUAUAAGGUACUUGAAGUGAACUGAGUUAUCCUUCCAAUAUAUCAACGUCAGCAAACAUGAUCUUCAUUUUUCUUGUCUAUCCUCAUUCUAUUCCUAGUAUUUAUGCUCCAUUCGCAUUUUUCACCUUUUUUCAUCCCAUUCCACGAUGGUUCAUGUUUCGCGUUUCAACCACCUGGUAGAGCUACAAUAGUUUUUAGUCAGUCUCUUUGAACAGAUUUUGCAUAGUCGUGUUUCCUGAAGACUACAAGACACUAAGCUACGUACUACAACAAGACUACCGUCCACUUGUUUUCUUUUUCCAUGUCAAUACCAUAAUUACGCCCGACCAAGAAUAAUCUUUAAAUCAUACUCAGUCAAGUCUCCUCGUGCUGCAUAUCGGUGCUGUGCAUCUGAGAAAAAAAGUGCAACAGUAAAGUAAGUAGAACUCCCACAAGGUCACAACAAGGUCACAACGUGAAGUACACGAUUGAUGAUGAUGAGAAUGAGUCGUAAAUGUCAUUCCUAGAUCCAAAUGAUGAAAAAAAGACACGAGGAAAUGCAAGAUCUUUGCUUGUUGUCGGGACUUCAUCUU